UUUAGGAAAGAAGAGAUAAUCAUUUCUAGUCUAAUCGAUAUUUCUAUAUACAAAGUGAAUAAAUGCGAAAUGAUCACUGAGCGAUAGCUACUAGAAAUCGAUAGAGAAUAGGAUAGUGACAUAGUCUCUGAGACAAGGUCGUUUGGGUUUCCAGACGAACUUACGUGGUAGUCUCGGCCGCCAAAAUAUAAUUAUCCCAAAUACCACCACCGUCACCACAUCACAAUGCCAACACGUUACGAAAGUCGCGACGUCGACCCGACACCCCUCGGCGAACCCCUACCCUUCCCCUUCUCCACCAUCGUAGCACCAAACCGAUUCCUCAAAGCAGCGAUGACGGAGCGUAUGGCGACCUGGGACCCCGAUGACAUGAAAGCAAGCGGCAUCCCCACGCAACGACUAUACGAUCUCUACGGCCACUGGGGCGAUGGUGGCUGGGGCACCAUCGUAACCGGCAACAUAAUAAUCGACACGACACACCUCGAAGCGCCCGGCAACAUGAUCCUAGCCUCCAACGAACCCCCCUCCGGCCCACGCUUCGAAGCCUACCAGCGCCUAGCCCAAGCCGGAAAACGGGGCGGUUCCAUAUUCCUCGCACAACUCAACCACCCCGGUCGCCAGACCGAGUUCUCGUUACAAGAGAACCCGGUGUCGGCCUCCGACGUGCAGCUCACGAAGGGGUACGGCGCGACAUUCCACUACGGCAAGCCACACGCGGCUUCCCUCACCGAAAUCCGCGAUAUAACAUCCGCAUUCGUAAAUGCAGCCGUGUACCUCGAAAAAGCAGGCUUCGACGGAAUCCAACUGCACGCCGCACACGGAUACCUCCUAGCACAAUUCCUGUCCCCCACGACCAACCUCCGAACCGACGCCUACGGCGGCCCCCUCAUCAACCGCGCACGUAUAAUAACCGAAAUCGCAUCCGGGAUCCGCGCCUCGACAAGCAAAAACUUCGCGCUCGUGAUAAAAAUCAACAGCGUCGAGUUCCAAGACUCAGGUUUCGGACCGCAGGACGCAGCACAAUUAAUGGGGAUCCUCGAAGCCGCGAAAUUCGACGCGGUUGAACUGAGUGGGGGUACUUAUGAGGCGCCUGCGUGGCACCAUCGGAAAGAGAGUACGAGGCGUCGGGAAGCGUUUUUUAUUGAGUUUGCGGAAUUGGCGGCGCCGUAUAAGGGGCGCUCGCUUUGCUUUUUGACAGGUGGGAUGAGGACGGUGGGAGGUAUGGUCGAUGCGCUGCUUACUUCUAGCGAUAAGGGAAAAGACGGGAAGAGUAAGGGAGCGGUCGAUGGCGUGGGGAUAGGCCGGCCGAGCGCGACGGAAUCGAGUCUGCCGCGGGAAAUGCUGUUGCACGGCAGGAAGGGAUGUAUUAAGCCGCUGGUAGGCGAUACCAAUGUCUUAGGGGAUUCGUGGGGGUAUGGGGCGUCACUUGCCGGCGCGCAUAUGCGGCAGUUGAGCUUCAAUCAGCAGCCGUUUGAUCCGUCGGAUCGGGUAGCGAUUGAUGCUUUCCUCAAGGGAUUUGAGAAGUGGGUUGCAGCGCUGCCGAAGAGGUCAAAGAGGGAAGUGCUGGAUCAUAUCAUAAUCGAGUCAGAGUCCAUGGUGGUGAAACCGUAUAAGGCUGAGAGUGAGACUGUAGGACCGCCAGCGGCUUGAGUCGAUGGCAUUGAUGAUGGUUGCUAGACAUGUUAGUUACGGGGGAGGAUGGUUCAUUAUAUGUGUAUAUUAUAUAUAAGAUUAGCAUUAGAAUUCCUGGUGAGUAUUGAAUUCGAAUUAGAGAAUACCAACCCCCCAGAUUUCAUAUGGCUGAUGUCUGUUGGUUUAGUUGGGUGUAACGUUUCACGCUGGCGGCGAUCACUCAAAAUAGGGGCGAAUUUUGCCUACAAAUCGACACGGGGCUGGAAGUUUCUCAGGCCGCGGGAUCGAACAAGUACCUCUUGCCACGGAAUAUUGAUUGAGACGCUUGCUCAUAUUGCUUAAAUACAUUUGAUCGACCCCUGACUCAUAACGCGCUGUUCUUCGUUAUGGCAAGAAUAUUUAACCCUGAAUACUCAGCUGCUGUGAUAGCAAGACGCGUUCAGCCGGGGGCACUAUGUUUGAAAGAGCUUCUGUGUGAAGGGUAGGUUUCACACACCGGGAUGUUCCGUGUCCAUUGUUGGAUCCUGGAUUUCGAAUCGAGGAUAUCCAAAAGUCGUUGGCCCGUGAUUAGGGCGAGUCCCACGCAGAGUAUGAAUAUGAAUCGCUGCGAUGUAGUGGGACCGGGAUAAGAUAGGUGAUCGUUCCAACAUCUAGCGGGCGAAUUGGUUCUGCGAUCACCCAUCGAAGGUAUAGUGUGCCGUGAUGCCCCGGGUCGUUCAUUAUUCUUAUAAGGCCGAGAUAGAUGGUUAUAACAGACGAGAUCAUAAU